AUGACAGUAAAAUCUAGAUUGUCUCGUAAUGUACGCCGUUAUCAAACUACAAAUAAACUCUAAUAAACUAAAGAAAUUGAAUUUAAAUGUCUUGUAUAUUUUAGUUGAUGCUGUUCAUUUUAUCAGUGAAAAAUUAAAUGAUAAACAAUUAAUUGAAUUUUCUGAAUUUCGUCGAUCUUAUAUUUUUUUUAAACUACCAAAAUGGGUUCAAAGUGCAAGACGAGCACUUUAUGAAUUACAACUUGAUGUUGAUUAUAUAAUUAAUAAAGAAAAUGAAAUUGUUGUUGUUGAUUAUUUAAAUACAGGUGUAUCUCAAAUAAAUAUGCAUUGGAGUGAUGGUAUUCAUCAAUUUCUUCAAUUAAAACAUAAUUUACGUAUGACACCUGAACGUAUGUGUGAUUCAUUUUAUUCAAAUGUUACUUUAUUUAAAAAAUAUAAAUAUUUAUAUGGUUUAACUGGUACAUUAGGUGGAAAAAGUUCACAAAAAUUUAUAAAAAAAGUUUAUAAUAUUGAUGUUGUUAUUGUACCAAAAUAUAUUGAUAGUAUAUUUGAUAUUUAUCCAAAUCAAUUUGCUGAUAAUCGUCAAUUAUGGUUAGAAAAAAUUCUUAUUGAAUGUCAUACUAUAGCUAUUACUAAUCAUCGAGCUGUUUUAAUUAUUUGUCAAACUAUACGUGAUGCAAAUGAUGUUCAAUCUUAUUUAAGUUCUCAACAUUCAAAUAUAAAACUUUAUCUUCGAAGUGAUGAACAUACAAAACCAGAAGAAGUUCAUCCAGGUGAUGUAAUUGUUGCAACAAAUUUAGCUGGACGUGGAACUGAUUUAAAAAUUCUAACAUCUGCUGUUGAUCAUGGUGGUUUACAUGUUAUUGUUACAUUUAUGCCAAAUAAUGCACGUGUUGAACAACAAGCAUUUGGUUGA